GCAAAUGCGCUAUAGCCUACCAGCACUGCAUCCCUUCCACAGAAUAAUAAUCAACGUUUCCUCUUAAAAAGUCUCUACCACUGCUCAGUCUUCUGUGUAACGUCCUUAAAUUUCUUUAGCAAUAUGAAUAAUUUUAUAUCUGUAUAUUGCUAAUAAUUUUAUAAAAAAAGCCUACAAUUAAAUUCUAUCUGAUUCUCUCUCCUCUCUCAUUCAAGGCCACCGAUUCUUCCAAAUUUCAAACCUCCCCACUACCCACAAAUUUAGGAAGUUGGGCAUUUUAUUUCUUUCGUCUUUCAUUUUUGUUGAAAAUAAUUCAUUUUUUCUGUUCUUCAAACCAAACCCAUAUCAAAGUUUCUUUAUUUUUGUUCUCCUGUAUCUGAGUUUGCAGGAGAAGACAAAGGAGUAAAACGAUUUGAGAAUUCUGGGUAGUUUGGUUGGUUUUGUUUUUUUGUGUCGUCUUUUUUCAUUUACUUCCCAUUUUUCUCAAGUGGUGUUGUAUCUAUAAUUCUCAAGUGGUGUUGUAUCUAUAAUCAAUCUGUUUUUGAAUUACCCAUGUGUGGAGAGAUUAGAAAGUUUCAUUUAUUUUAUCAGAUUUUAAGAGUUGAAUUCUAUAGAAAGUAGACUUUCAUUGAUUCAUAGAUACCCAUUUCCAGAAAAAAGGAAAUUUUCAGUUUUGAUCAUUCAUUUCAAGCUCUUAGCUUUCAAAAUUAACCUUUCCAUGUUUGUAUCAUUUGUGGUUUUUCUACCUUGACCCCCCCUUCCCUUUAUUCGCUCUCCAAUUGUUGAUCCAUUGCUGUAACCACAUAAGGAUGUAUGGAACUCAAAGCAGGAGAGACUUGACAUUUGAAUGUCAAGCCCAAAUACCCAUUUUAAGACCAAGCAUUCAUGCCAGAAGGGCAAACAUCACAGUGAAAUUUCAGGAUCUUUAUGGAUUCACAGUAGAGGGAAAUGUUGAUGAUGUCAAUGUGUUGAACGAGGUAAGAGAGAAGGUGAGGCAACAGGGUAGGGUAUGGUGGGCAUUGGAAGCUAGCAAAGGUGCAAAUUGGUAUUUGCAGACUCAAGUCUCAUCAACUCUAACAUCAUCCCUGAAAUUUUCAGUUCUAGUGAAUGCAAUUACUCUCAAGAGGCUAAUUAGGAAGGGAAUCCCACCAAGUUUAAGGCCUAAGGUGUGGUUUUCUUUGUCUGGGGCGGCCAAGAAAAAAUCAACUGUGCCGGAGAGCUAUUAUGAUGAUUUGAUCAAGGCUGUGCAGGAUAAGGUCACUGCCGCAACGAAGCAGAUAGAUCAUGAUCUACCACGGACCUUCCCUGGUCACCCAUGGUUGGACACUCCAGAGGGUCAUGCUACUCUCAGGCGUGUUCUAGUUGGGUAUUCUUUCCGUGACUCUGAUGUUGGUUACUGUCAGGGUUUAAAUUAUGUAGCAGCAUUAUUGUUGCUUGUGAUGAAAACAGAAGAGGAUGCUUUUUGGAUGCUAUCUGUCCUCUUGGAAAAUGUCUUAGUUAAUGAUUGCUACACAAAUAACUUAUCAGGAUGCCAUGUUGAACAAAGGGUGUUUAAGGAUCUGCUGGCCAAAAAAUGUCCAAGGAUAGCCGCUCAUUUGGAAGCUUUGGAGUUUGAUGUCUCUCUUGUCUGCACAGAGUGGUUUCUAUGCCUCUUUUCCAAGAGCUUGCCCUCAGAGACAACCAUGCGGGUGUGGGAUGUUCUUUUCUAUGAAGGGGCAAAGGUUAUAUUUCAUGUAGCUUUGGCCAUUUUCAAGAUGAAUGAAGAAAAGUUGCUUGUGGCACAUCAGGUUGGGGAUGUAAUUAAUAUAAUACAGAGAACAAUUCAUCACCUCUUUGAUCCAGACGAGUUAUUGACGGUUGCUUUCGAUAAGAUUGGCUCCAUGACAACCACCACUAUAUCAAAGCAAAGGAAAAAGCAGGAACCAGCAGUCAUGGCAGAGCUUGAUGAGAGAUUAAGACGGCUAAAUUCCAUAAAUGGGGAUGACAAAUAGCUGUUUUUGCCAAAAGAUCAAAUUGUAAUGUAUCAAACGUCCUAGUCGGGGCAUGCUGCCCCCUUUAAGAGGACAUCAAAAUUGUGCUUUCCUUAUUUCUAAGAAGGAAAACCAAGUGGAAGGCAUGUAUUGUUUUAGUGGAUGUAGGUGUUUAAUGUAAAAAUUUUGAGUUGUUACAUUCUGAACAGUAUCUAUACACAACAGAUUGGGCCAUUGCUGCAUCCCUGCCCCAUAAUUUAAAAUUUGUUGAUUUCUAUUGGUAUUGUCAAUGAUUAUGUUCAUG